CAAGGCAGCUAAAGCCCAGCACAUAAUCGUGGGGGAGUAGCAGAGCCGGGAGAGCAUGGCGUUCCAGCCCUUUGUUUCUGGGUGACGCCGGAGAGGCAAAGACACACCCAGCACACUCCCCCUCAAUCUCCAGACCGGGGGAAUUGGGGAAGCCUAUUCCCUGCUCUCCAGCAGGCGGCUCCUUAUCCGGCCGCUUGGAUAGUGUCCUCUGUGCGGACAAGGGAAGCCUAUAGAUCUUGUGGCAGCGCACUGUGACCGUCCCGCUGGUACCAGAGAAUGCUUUUUGUACAAGAAAUCCGCACUGGGACUUUACCUUGACUGAGAAAUCCCGGAAUGGAUUAAAAGCAAGCCUGGCUCGCCCACCAUGAGUGCUGCUGAAAUUAAGAAGCCUCCUGUUGCCCCUAAACCUAAAAAUGUAUUGGGACAGAAGCCUAGUCCACCACCAGUUGCGCCAAAGCCAGAUGUAAAUCUGUCUAGCACCGUACAAGCUCCUAAGAAAUCAAAACCAGCAAUAGCACCAAAGCCCAAGGUUGUUAAAGAAUCCUCUGUGCAAGAAGACGGGCCCGAGUGGACAGAAAAAUCACAUGUUAAAAGCCUAAAUGCAUGUAAGGGAAGGAGUUCAGAAGGUGUGAAAUGCAAAAAGGAAAUAACAAAUAAUGAAGGUUCUACAUAUAUAAUUUCCACCUGUUCGUCCACUUGCGAUUGCACUCAUAAGCCUCUGAACGGGGAAUAUUUGUCUAAAACACAAAAAGUAAUUGAUAGAAUUGAAAAUCUGGAAAAUAAAAAAAUGUGUGGGCAACCAGUUCCAUGUACAAGACCAAGGAGAAAACCAUGCAACCAACCAUCAAAAAAUUCAAAAACAAAUCAAGUUCUACUUAAGAGUGAGGUGGAAAUCAGUAAAGAUAAUAUAUCUCACAAUGCCUUUCCAAACGGACAUGCAUAUCAACAAAACAACUGUGAUUAUAUUUGUAAGAGUGCCAGUUGCGUUCUCAGUAGAGAUACUUCUAAGGUCAAUCAAUGUGGAAGCUCUGCUCCUAGCUCUGAGAUAUGGCCAAAUCAUAUGGCUGGUCAUAACAAAUCAGAAGCUGAUAGUUCCUCCAGUCCUGUUCAAGGUGUUUUACCUUUUUGUCCUGAUUCAAACUUCAUGAAAAAUAAAUACAGUAAUGGUGAUUUUCUUGCUGAUGAAUCUUCAACUACAGAAAAUAAUAAAACAUCCCUAGUAAGAGCACAACCUCCACAAAAAGUACUUCCUGUUCCUAAACCAAGGAAGGUACGGACACCAUGUUUAGUACGGCAGGAUUGUAUUGAGAGCCCCUCAGAAUUUACAGAAGACUCUGUUUCCCUGUCUAUAAAUUCAGCAGGACUUUUUGAAUGUAGAUUAAAAGACACUGAACAACCCAGAACACCCAAGGAUCUUCCUAACAAAUGCAAAGAAAUUAUUCCUCAAGAACCAGUGAGUGAAAAUCUUAUUGCAACUAAAUCAGACAAAUGCAGUAAAAUUGAAAAUGGUACUUCUGCUGAGAAUUCAGAUUUUUUAAUAUCAAAAUCAAAUAAAGAGACAAGGCUACCAUUAUAUACAGAAGAAAGUAACUUUGUACGGUGUAGUUCUCUAUCAAUGAGUCUACCCAAACAGCUAAAGUUGAUUUACGAAAAGCAGCUACCUGUAAAAAAGUGCUCUGAUGAUGUUAGUGAAAAAACAAGUACUAAUGACCUACCAGAAAAUUCACCAAGGAUAGCUCCAAAAAAGCCACAAAGGCAUAGCUUACCUGCAUCUGGUCUGCUAAAAAAAGCUGCUUCUGAAGAAAGACUUAAUCAGUCUUGUGAUAAGUUGCUUUCAGAAGUCAAUGACUUUGUAACAGAACAAGAUGCAUCAUUAUGUAGUGUUUCAAAGCAUGCCUCUGAAAAACCAGCAUGGAAGCUGCCUCACCCCAUUUUACCAUUUUUAGGAAGUCCAGAAUCAUUAAAAGUUUCUUCAAGUUGUGACACUGACGUUAAUCAAGUCACCAAGCCUAGGGCUAAAUCUUUGUCUUCUGUUGAUAUGGAAAAAAUAGAAAGAAGGAAAACAGAAAGCCCUAAAAAAGGCCCAUUAAGGAAGCUGCUGAACAUGAAGUUGUCAGUUUGUGUAAUAAAGAGCGACUUUCAGAAAUUUCUUUGUAGAGGUAGCCAGUCCCCAGACAGUACUAUAAAUAAUGAACAUUGUUCUACAGAAAGCUCAACAUUCCUUGACUUCAGUAACAAGUCAAGACCAACAAAGGCACAUUCUGCUGAUUCUUGCAGUCCUUCAUGCCAGAAAAAAAGGAAGAGACAUAGAAGCGAGGGCAAUGUUGUAAAAAACCAUACUUCUUUGUCUCUAGAAGAAGAGGUUACUUUAAGACAGAUGCCACAAAUAAUAUCUUCAAAUCAUUUUUCAAGUGAUGUCCUUCCAGAUUAUGAAAAUGUCCGCCACUAUGAAGAAAUCCCAGAAUAUGAAAAUUUACCAUAUGCUCUGGUAUUGGAUAAAAGUGAAUGUGAUCCAGCUAUUUAUGAAGUAGAAGACCCAAACCAACCCACAAUUUAUUCAUUGCACAAGAAUGCAUAUCAAAGUGAGCCGCUACCAGGCUAUGCUGAUGAUGAACUCUGCAUUGUUCAUUCUGAUGAAGAAGAGAUUAUUAACAGCUCAGAUGAAGAGGACUUCAGCUCAGAUUCCAGCAGAGUAGAUCUUGACCAUCCAGAGUACAAACAGAAGAGCAGAGCCGCACAGAAGACUAAAACUUAUCAUAUUGCCAAGGAAAUCAUGAGCUCAGAGAAAGUGUUUGUUGAUGCCCUUAAGCUGUUGCAUAUUGAUUUCCGUUGUGCUGUGGCUCAGGCCCCCAGGCAAUUUGGGAAGCCGGUUAUUGAGGAGAAGAUACUGAAUCAGAUCCUGUAUUAUCUCCCUCAGCUGUAUGAGCUCAACAGGGAUGUGCUAAGAGAGCUUGAGGAACGGAUGUCCCAGUGGACUGAGCAACAGAAAAUUGCUGAUAUCUUUGUGAAAAAGGGCCCUUACCUUAAAAUGUACUCAACAUACAUUCGAGAAUUUGAUAGGAAUAUAACUUUGCUGGAUGAUCAGUGCAAAAAGAACCCAGGGUUUGCAGCAGUUGUAAGAUAUUUUGAGAUGAGUCCUCGCUGUGCUAACCUAGCUUUGAAACAUUACUUACUUAAGCCAGUACAAAGGAUUCCUCAAUACAGGUUACUCUUAACAGAUUAUCUUAAAAACCUUUCAGAAGACUCAUCGGACUAUAAUGAUACACAAGCUGCCCUUUCAGUUGUCAUAGAAGUGGCUAACCAUGCAAAUGACAUCUUAAAGCAAGGGGACAACUUCCAGAAGCUCAUACAGAUCCAGUACAGCCUAAAUGGUCAUCAUGAGAUUGUGCAGCCAGGAAGGGUCUUUCUAAAGGAGGGAACCUUGAUGAAACUCUCCAGGAAGGUUAUGCAACCUCGCAUGUUUUACCUGUUCAAUGAUGCUUUGUUAUACACCACACCUGUGCAGUCAGGAAUGUACAAACUGAACAAUAUGCUCUCAUUGGCUGGGAUGAAGGUUAGGAAACCAACGCAAGAGGCUUAUCAGAAUGAGCUUAAUAUAGAGAGUGUGGAAAGGUCCUUCAUUCUAUCUGCCAGUUCUGCAUCUGAGAGAGAUGAUUGGCUUGAAGCCAUUUCUCUGGCUAUUGAAGAAUAUGCUAAGAAGAAAAUAACCUUCAAUCCAACUAAGAGUCUGGAAGAGGCUGACCCUGGGGAAAAGGAAGAUUGCACUCUUGGGUCGACAGCACCAAUCUGGAUCCCUGAUGGUAGAGUUACAAUGUGUAUGAUUUGCACAAGUGAAUUUACAUUGACAUGGAGAAGACAUCACUGCAGGGCAUGUGGAAAGAUCAUCUGUCAGGCCUGUUCAACAAACAAGCAUAGCUUGGAAUAUCUAAAAAACCAUUUAGCUCGGGUGUGUGACCGCUGCUUCCAAGUGCUGCAAAAGCAAGAAAGUCUGUCUACUCCUAAGAUUGGGUCCCCUGCAAACCACAAAUCACCAUCCCACGCCUUGUCUACAGUUCUCCACAGCAUUCCAUCUGGCAGAAAACAGAAGAAGAUUCCAGCAGCUUUAAAAGUAUCAGCCAGCACAGAAGAUUCUUCCAUGAGUGGUUACCUACAGAGGUCCAAAGCCAGCAAAAAGCAAUGGAAACAACUGUGGUUUGUGAUAAAGAACAAAGUUCUGUAUACGUAUGCUGCAAGUGAGGACAUAGCGGCACUGGAGAGCCAACCCUUGCUAGGAUUUACAGUCAAGGAAGUAAAGGAUGACAUUAGUGAAUCCACAGUCAUUCAUUUACUGCACAAAAACACUUUAUUUUACAUCUUUAAAGCUGAUGAUGCCCACACAACACAAAGGUGGAUAGAAGCAUUUCUGGAGGGAACAGUGUUAUAACAAGUUUCCAUCUUUGCAUGCAAAGAAGAAAUGGAUCCUGUGCUGCAACAUCUUCCAGCAUGCUGUAAUUUCAUCGCUUCAAUAUGUUAUAGUUGUUAGUAUGUAAAUUAGGGCAAAACUUGUUAUUUUUAUGCCAAGUUCUCUAUAUGUUAUUUAUUGAAACACAAUUUUUUAACUGCCAAAAUGCAUCCCUGUAGCUCACAUGAUUACAGUGCCUUUGACUGUUUUUAGACAUGUUUAAUAUAUUUUUUACCUUUAAAAUA